AUGCCUCGGACCUUUGGAGCUGACGGAGUCCCACCUCUAACUGACAAACCAGGGAAACCUAAGAUACGACUUGGCAAACAAAUGGUGGUGAGAUGGGGAGCUAUUAAUAUCAAUGGGGGCUACUCUGGGAAGAAGGUAGAGCUAGCAGAGGCUGCAAGUGAGAUGGGGCUGGACGUUUUAGCUGUUAGUGACAUUCGGUUAUGGGGUGAGAAAGAAGAGGAAGUGGGAGAAUACAAGGUCUACCUGUCAGGAGUCAAAGCAGGAAUAGCACAAUGGGGCGUAGGCCUUUACAUCAGGAAAGAAAUGGAACCCAGCGUAGUUGCAAUAAGGUAUGUAAACGAACGACUGAUGUGGAUAGAUUUGACAUUGUCUAGCAAGAAAAUUAGAAUUGUGUCAGUAUAUUCGCAUUGUGAAGGGACAGAUCAAGAUAAUAUGGAUAGUUUUUAUGAGGCGCUCAGUGAUGUAGUUCUUAGAAUAAAGGACAAGGACAGUGUUCUGCUCAUGGGUGAUUUUAACGCCAGGAUUGGAAAUCGAACAGAAGGGUAUGAAAAAGUUAUGGGUAAAUUUGGAGAGGAUAUGGAGGCCAACAGGAACGGGAAACAACUCUUGGAUUUCUGUGCAAGUAUGGGCUUAAUUUUAGAGGGAGCAAGUGUCUUCUCUUUCCCCACUCCUGCAGACGCCAACGGCCGUGGCAGCAAUAAAUGUGCUUAUGACGCCAAGGGACAGCCACUCCUAGUAUCACAAACUAUGUUGUCAAGCCCUCCCAGCUAG